CCGUGGUUCAGCUGCACUCAUACAGGCUACCGAGACUCUGCAGACUCGAGGUCAACCGGCUGAUGUUCCGCCACAGUGAAUGGAGAUGAGGUUCAGUUAGUCCAUGAUGGAUCGCCAUCACGAUUUGAAAUGUAAAAUAGUUGUGGUCGGGGACACUCAGUGUGGGAAGACGUCUUUGUUAAAUGUUUUUGCCAAAGACUCCUUUCCAGAGAACUAUGUUCCUACAGUGUUUGAGAACUACACAGCCAGUUUUGAGGUGGACACAUUGAGAGUUGAGCUCAGUUUAUGGGAUACUUCAGGGUCUCCAUACUAUGACAACGUGCGCCCCCUCUCUUACCCAGACGCUGAUGCAGUUCUCAUCUGUUUUGAUAUCGGUCGACCAGAGACUCUGGACAAUGUGCUGAGAAAGUGGAAGGGAGAAAUUGAAGAAUUCUGUCCCAAAACUAAAGUACUUUUGGUUGGAUGCAAGUCAGACCUGCGUACAGACCUGGCCACAUUUGUGCAGCUGUCCAAUGACAUUCCUUCGUCGUAUGACCAGGGUUCAAACGUGGCUAAGCUGAUCUCAGCUCCUUACAUCGAGUGCUCAGCACAGCAGUCUGAGAACAGCGUGAGGGACAUUUUUCACAUGGCCACACUGGCCUGCAUCAGUAAAAGCAACAAGAAUGUGAAGCGCAUCAAGUCCAGCAGAGCCACCAAGAGGACUUCACAUAUCUCUAACAGGCCUGAGCUGGGCUCAAUGUCACAUCUACAAAAGACCAAGGCAAAAACCUGCACAGUCAUGUGAUUUCAGAAGCCAUUUCAUUUGCAUGCAUUCCUUCCCCUAUGAGGAUUCUUGCAAAAAUUCCAUAGGGGCAUUGAUGGGACAUGAAAUGAAUGGAGAUUUUUUUUGCACUUCACUAUAUUCACAAUAUGUAUGACUGAGUGACAUAUAUUAAUGAUGAUGCAGUCUACUCUCCCCCAUUUUAAAGCACCUCAAGAACAUUUUUAGCCAUCAUAAAACACCUAAAGCAGGGUAAAUGUUCCUAUGCAGGCCUACUGCCAAAUGAGCCCUUAUAACUUUGUAGAAGUUGUCCAAAGAAGAAUUUCCUUUGCAUUUUGUUGUUAUAAUAUUUAAUUUCAGUGUACCCUAGUUUAUGGAUGGAACUAACCUGGAUUAACACAUGGUCAGUGUUGCUUAUAUUAGUCCUGUACUAUUAGACCUGACUGCACCAAAAAGUGUCAGAUAAUGUCAUGGAUAUACACUGUAGGUAUUUUUUCUAUGAUAUAUUAAUAUGUGGGAAUAAAUGAAGCAUACCUGUCAUUAUAUGCAAACAUCACAAA